CGGAUCUUUACAGCAGUGCAGCAUUGUGCGGAGGAAUGACUCCAUCCUCUCAUCUUCUACCCCUCACAUGUGCGACGUCUCUGUCGGGUAUUCCCUCCCUAGGUAGAUCUAAAGGAGAGAAGGAAAGAACCAGGGCAUAGCAGGGAAAGAAGCUCACUGAUGGAUCGCGUAAAAUUAGCAAAGAGAGACAGAGGUGUGUGUGUUGAGGGCGGGCAGAUUAUGCAAGUCAGACAGCGCUAGAGAAGAAAUCAUGUGGAGAGUUCUCCACAGUCAAGCUGAAAUUAGUGCCUUUUCUGGGAUGGCAAAGCGACGGUGACUGAACAGACGGAGCAAUGUUGAUGCUCCCAAAGGAGCGGGCAAUGUCUUCCCCCAGUGGAGUCCUUGCUGUGUUCCUUUGCUUGGCACUGUUUGACAGCUGUCAUGCCAUGGCGCUGACCACAAACAUGGCCUCAAAGGUCUGGCCCCAGCUGGAGGAGGUCAGCGAACCAACUGACCGCCACCUGCCGUCAGACCUGCCACUGUGGACUGCAUGGGCAACUGGAGCGAACAUGGCCGUGACGGCCUCUCCUCUUGAUCUGUGGACAUCGCUGUCAGUGAACGCUGAAGAACGAGCCACGCACAGUGAAGAUUCUCAACAGGGAGCUGUCCCUCGGCCGUCGAGUGAAUUCAAAUCUAUGCAGAGAACAUUGGAAGAGGGGACAUUUCAUUUCUCUGAGCCAGACGAUCCUUCUUUGACAGACCAACUGGUCAACAGUCAGUCCAACUGGGCAGAUGAGGAUCACAUGUCUGACCUCCACUUCAGACACACUCAAGGGGACUUGCCUGCCACUGACACAUCCUCCCUGGUUGCACAGACACCUCUGUCUUCCGCUCCUCCUCAAGAAUGGGGCGCGAUCGACACUGAUAGUGCUGCCACCAUGGCGCCACCACUUGGGUCUUCUGUCACACCUGACCUGAGCAUGUCAAUACCAGCUCUCACACUUCACUCAGAUAUCCACAGGCUGCCAGGCAGCGAUGUCACAGAUACGGGUUUAGACACUGAUGAUGCCAUGGACUCACAAGGUGAAGGAACCGAGGUUAUGACCUCAGUGCUUCAUGAGGAAGAUUUUGCAGUAAGACCAACAGAGGAGAUGGCAUUCAUCACAGACUCUUUUGCAGGAUCAUGGGGUCAGUCAGACUUGAGGAGCCAUGCAGAGCCAUUUGGUACUGAUGGAGUCCAGGAUGAGAAGGCAGAAGGUCAAAGUGCUCAAACCCUGACCACGCCAGGGACAGCAACAACAGGGAGAUCUUCUGUCCCAACGCUUCGUCCUGUCAUUACAGGUAUAUCUCCGGAUGACGCAUGGUCAGACACAGACUCACUGUCUGAGUCCUCCUCACUCCCAGACUGCAAUGCCGUCACCACAGGGGUCUGCAACACUUCAGAGACCUCAUGGGCUCCUCCUCCUCCUCCUCCACCUCCUCCUGCAGGUGACCACGUCAAAAGCAACGGCAAUCUUGAUGACCUCUCCUCGGCACCGUUUCCCCCAGUGACUGCGCCACUGCCCCUCUUGGUCCCCCUGCUCGUCGACUGGAACGCCGCCAUGGCGACGUGGGGCCUGGCGUGGGAGGCCCAUGUGUAUGGGCUGGGCUGCAUGUUCGCACUGGUCGCCACCAUCUCCGCGCUGUGCCUCCUGUGCCUGCCCCUGCGUCGUCCGGCCAGCUGUGGCCUGUUCGCCGCUGCACACCUCCUGCAGAUGCUGACUGGCGCCGGCCGUGCCUUCCUGCUCUUCUACGACCCGUAUGGCCAGCGGGAGCGUCUGCCCGGCGCCGCCGCGCUCCUGCUGCACGAGACGCCGUUUCCGUGCCUGACCGCUGCGUUUGGCGCCGUGCUGCUGCUGCUCUCGGCACGCUCGCGCACCCAGCUGCUGCCGCGGGCACUGCUUCAGCGCUCGUCCUGCACGCUGGCCGCUCUCCUGCUGACCCACGUGGCCCUGGCGCUGGGCUUCGUGGGCCUGGAGGUGCUGCUGCCCGGCCUGCCCUGCCUCGCGCUCGUCCCACCCGGCGCCUUCGUGGCCCUGGCCCUACUCCUGGCCACGGGGUACCUGCUGUUCUACUGCUACGCCCGCGCCGACGCCAAGCACAUCUACCGGCUGAGUGAGGCGUCACCCGAACGCUCGGCCGCAGAUGCCGCCGCCACUGCCGCCAUGCCGCGGGCCAGCCAGUGCCCAUUCUCGGAGGCCGGGGUGUGGGAGCGGGCGGCAGUCACCGGGGUGUUCGCCGCUCUCUUCCUGCUGGCGUGCAGUGGGCUGCGGCUCUAUGCCAUGCUUCUGGCGGCUGGGGUGGCCGGCGAUGGUCAAGUGGGGCUCCCGCCCUGGCCCUGGUGGGGGCUGCAGUUCAGCUUGCGUGGCUGCGAGGCUGGGGUGUGCCUCGCACUCGCUCUCAUCAUCACGCAUCCUCUCCUCUAUUGCGGGCAGCGGGCAGGUGGUAUGUCCAAGCCCCCACACUGGCCCGGAUUUGCCUGGAGGUCAGGCGGCGGUGGCGAGGGCAGCUCGACUAAGCCGUCCCUCCUGCCGGGCGGCUACGGUUGGUCCCUGCGGCCCGGCGAGAAGCUGUGUGAAGGCUUGACGCGCAAGGAGAGCGAGAGUGUGCCUCUCUACACGCUCGCCGACCAGCGCUUUUCAGAGACCGAUGGCCUCGACCUCCACUACCCCAGCACACCGACCGACCUGACCGCCAAAAGGCUUGCCCAUGGCAAGCUGGCCAAGGCCAUCUCCAUGGGCUCCUCCUUCGCCAGCCUGGACGGAGGGCUCUACAGCGACUCCACUGUCGACCUGCGGCCUCCCUCCCCCAUCGAUCUGCGGCGGAGCAUCGAUGAGGCGCUCUUCAGCGAGUCGCUGUUCUCACGCAGCAUCUUCUGCUCCUCCAGACUCUCGCUGAGCACCAGGGGGCCCCCGGACGGCCAGCCCUGCAGGGGCCCCGUCGCCGCCACUGAGCCCGGCCUCUACCGCACCUCGUCAUGCGGGGACGUGGACCAGCCCGCCGGCGGCGACGUCUCCAGGCCCCCCCACCGGGGCGUCCACACGCAGAGAGGGGCCUGGAGGGGGAGCAGCUCCGCCUCGCUCUGUGGCGGCAACUUCGGAGGCCACGUGGCGGCCCACGGCGCUGCGCCUCUCGCUGUCUGCUGCGCUCACAUCCUCCCAGGCCAGGAGGCCCAGAGGGCGCCGGCACGGCACCCUUCCCAGAGGAGAUACCCAACGCUGGGCUCCACGUCGUCCAGAGAGAGCCUGUGUGACACACAGCUGGAACGGGAGCAGGUGGACGAGCUCGCUGUACAGGCAGAGUUCAUCAACGUGUGCCGGCAGAUUGAUGCUCUUAGCAUCAGCAGUGACACUAUUGAUCUGUAGGAUCCUAUUAAGAAGAGCAUGAGUGUCUGCAGGUGCAAUUGUAUGGUUGCACUCACACACAGUGGACUCUUAGAGUGGAAUGAACUGAUUGGUGUGGAGGGACCUAAAAUUUAAAAGUGUUUUAAUGCAUUUUUAAAAAGCUUCCCUGAACCGAGUGUAUACUCUAAUAGCAGGGAAGAGGUUUAAAGUGCCAUCUUGUGGUCAUUUCACAGAGCGAAGAACAGUUGAGUGGUAGGGACAACGCCAACAGUAGGCUAUAAAACUCCCAAUUAAAACCACUUCUUCAAUUUCAAAUUUUUAAAACAUAAGUAUGUAAUGUUUAUAUAAUGAGAUAUAAGUCAUAUAAAGUUGAUAAGUAUCCAUACUUAUGACCAAGAGGAUGAGGUAUGAGCAAUCAAAGGGUCCCACAUAUAGGUACUGUAUUGUGGUACAUAGAUAGAGAAAAAAAGAUAAUGUUGAAGAAAUCAAGUCAAGUGGAGUCUUCUGUGAGGGUUGAACUUUUUUUUCAAAAAGUUGAGACUUGGACUCUUCAGCUUCAACUCAGCUGUCAAGAAUGUGGAGCUCUGUGUAGCUGUGUCCAGCUUUCUGCUCUCAAAUAUGCCCUCUGAAUUGUUGCAUCCAUUUCAUUCCAAAGAAUCUCUCACCAUGCUGUGCUGCUUACUGCUGAAAUGUAACCAUUGUGAAGAAACAAUGAUAAUUUAUGUACUUUUUCAUGUACAAUUUAUAAGACUAUGCAAAUUAUAUGUAUUGUCAUACAAUAGGUGACUGAAAAUGCCAUAAUAAAA